CAUUGCGCUGGAGAAGACGGGACUUUGAUAGGAGGGCUAGAAAAUGAUUCUCUAUCAAGAGGCCUCUAGGAGGACCUACGCUCACAAGCGACGAUCUGCAUAUACAUACCCACACAUAACACCCUGACACAUCAACACACCAAUCCCAUGCUACCAAUCCCACGAUAUCUUAAGUGAUAUCUAGUAACCUAGUAGCAAAAGCGAUUAUUGACCCAGGCGAACAGUAACUGGUAAGUGUUUGCUUCUGUUUUUUUUAGUUGAAACUAGUUUUAGCACCGAUUGUCAGAUAGAAGCUGUAACUGCGCUUCCUUGUUGCUACGAGCUGUAUACACAUUGCUAGAUUAAAGCUAAUUCCGGUAUUCAUAUUCGGUUUCGGUCGGGAGUCGCUCGUUCACACGACUACUCUUUGUUUUGCUAAUUAAAGAGGCGUGCUCAGCUGUGAAACACAGCAGUAUUUAAUAAUUAAGAAACUCUGAGGUGGAAGCGUCAGCCCUUGUUGUGUGAAAACCGAGCUCGUGUAAAGACCUGCGAGUCUACCUGUGCGAGUCCACCGAGCAAGGACACAGACAAGACACCACACGUGCUGCUAAGUAUACUUUUUUUUCUCCCUUUAUUCCUCUUGUUGUUUACCUGUUUACACAGGUACUAACAUGUGUCAUCAGUUUAUCCCUAUUAUUUGCCACAGGCGCAGACCGCGGCAUACUCCCAGAAAAGUACGCAACUUGGACAACCUACGCUCUCUGAAUGUGGCCUCUGCAGAUUCCUUCUCAUCCUCUAUAGGACUUUGGAACUGCCAAUCUACUGUCAACAAGGCAGAUUUCAUUCCUGCCUUUGCAACCCACUACAAUCUCAGUGUGCUGGCUCUGACUGAGACCUGGAUCCAUGCUGAGAACACUGCCACACCCGCUGCCCUAGCCUCCAACUUCAACUUCUACCAUACCUCACGUCCCAACAGACGAGGGGGUGGUACAGGUUUGCUUCUCUCCAAAACAUGGAAAUUUACCUGGCUUUCUCCCUCUUGCUCAUACACUUCCUUUGAAUUUCAUUCUGUUACAGUCACUGACCCUGCCAAAAUGCACUUUCUUGUUGUUUACCGUCCUCCAGGUCAACUGGGGAAGUUCAUCGAUGAAUUUGACAUGCUACUGUCCACCAUCCCAGAUGAUGGAACUCCUCUUCUGGUCCUUGGUGAUUUCAACAUUCAUCUAGACAAGCCACAUGCAGCUGACUUUCUUGCUCUCCUUCCCACAUUUGACCUCAAGCAGUUCACCACACCAGCAAUUCCCAAAACCGGCAAACAGCUCAACCUCAUCCUCACACAACAACCUCCUGGACACCAAGCAGUCUGGCUUCAAGAGCAAUCACUCCACAGAGACUGCUCUGCUUUCCGUCACUGAAGCCUUACGACUAGCAAGCGCAACCUCUAGGAUGUCCUCAUUCUACUUUACCUCUCUGCUGCUUUCGACACUGUGAACCAUCAGAUCCUCCUGUCAACUCUCUCCAGCCUGGGCAUCACUGGAACGGUUCUGCGCUGGGUGGAAUCCUAUCUCCCUGACAGAUCCUUCAAGGUAUCAUGGAGGGGAGGUAUUUCUGAAACUCAGCAACUCACAACUGGUGUUCCACAGGGGUCAGUUCUGGGUCCACUCUUCUUUUCUAUCUACACUACAUCUCUAGGGCAGGUGAUUGAGUCUCAUGGCUUCUCAUAUCAUUGCUAUGCUGACAACACCCAGCUCUAUUUGUCCUUCCAGCCUCUUACGCCCCAAAGCUCCCUGACCACAGACUACUGUUGAAGACUAGACACAAAUCAUUAGAUGUUGACCUGCACAUCCACUCAUACAUACAAACCUAAUCGUGCACCCUUCUCCUGGUAUAGGUGGUAUCUGUUAGUAAGCCCUGUCAUAGAAAUAAACUCUCAAAUCACUGGGACCAUUCCCGACAACACUGGGGGUUCGGAGGUAAACCCUUAAGCUGGAAAGAUAAACCAAAGUGCGAUAUUGAAGUUUAUUGGGUGGAAGACUUAAUGAUCAAUCACGCCAAUCACAUCGUUGCAGCAGUAAGAGUGCAUGACGCACAAACUUUUACCCAAAUUUGGUAUUGCAACAGUGCUAGCCACACAACGUAACGCGUCCCCUCGUCACGCACACACAUGAUGAUUAUUCUAUCAUUGAACACAUGCGGUCUGCGAUACGCUACCCUCCACAGACUAGCGAGAUGGGGUUUGAUUAGCUGAACUCAGUACUCAGGGGAUGGGGCUCGUGGAUAUUAACCGUCUGUCUACCAAUAGGUGCAAUAAUUCUUCUUGUCUUGCUCAUUUUGCCUUGUAUUGUUUCUCUUGUUAGGAGCAGUCUCUCAAGCUCGUUGAAAUCACUAAUGCCCAAAUGCUGAUGUUGACAAAGACUGAGUACGAUCCCUAUGAUGACCAACCUGACUUGUAUCCUAAACCUGACUAGGUAUAAGAUUCUCCCAGCUACACUGACGAUGAAGACUUUUUUCAUUUUUUUUCAUUUUUUUUUCAUUGACAUCAAUUUCACACCUAUUGUAAAUAUUCCUAUGACCAUGACGAUUCUUAUUUCACUCUAAAAUAAGCUUGCUUGACGACAGGAUACUUUAUAUACGCAAAAACAGCCUUAGCGAAGUCAUUGUGUCUGUUUCAUGUUGAAUUCAGCUGAACCGUGAAAGGAUUCUGAAGUUCCGAUUUUCUCACAGCAUUGUAAUUUCUCGGUUAAUUUUAGUCAUCAUAUUUUGUAAUGAUAAAAUGGGGGAAAUGUGAGGGCAAUUACUCAUUUUUUCUUUGUAAUAAGUUUGUUCUUGUUCUGUUUCAUUCUCAUGUGAGGAUAAUGCCAAGACAGCUUCCAUGUUGAGUGAAUGGCAGAAAAUUUGUCUACAUCUAGAAGUGAUUGUGAAACUACCGUAGUAAUUGUUGGAAAUAAAAUAGACAUGAAAUGAACACGAGGGAGACCAAGUAUGAGUAGUAUGUAAUUUUAUUGAGAAUUCACUGGACUGGUGGGCCUGUAAGAACCGAUGUUCACCUAAGACACAACACAUACAGAUAAGCAAUGCGCAGGGGGAUAACAAUACAUGUUUUGGUUAGUGCGGCAGGCCUCAGA